UGAAGGGAAGUUCACGUGUGGGUGCUUUAUUUUACACCGUACGAGCAAAAGUUGGAUAAAGAAAAGAGCAUAUUACUCGGGUGUCUGUGUAACUCGGAGUCAUGGGUCGGAAGUUAGAUCCCACCAACAAGGUGAAGAGAGGGCCAGGGAAAAAAUCCAGGAAGCAGCAAGGAGCCGAGGCAGAGUUGGCCAAGUUUUUAACUGACGAGGAAACAGGACCAAAACGUCUAUCAAGGAGAGGCAGACAAAGAGCUGCAAAAAGAGACCAGAAUGUGAAAAAGCCUAAAGAUGCAGCUGCGGGAAAGCCACAGAAAGGAUUCACGGAUGAGAACAGUAAAUGGUUGAAACCAGCGAAGAGGAAGCGCAAAAUUGAUGAACCUGAAAGUGAGGAUGAUAGUGAUGAACACUGGGAGCAAGAGGAAGAUGAAGAGGAGGAGGAGGAGCAGCAGCAGCAACAGCAGCAGAAGAAAGGAAAAGACCAAGGAAAGAAGGGAGCCAAAUUAGGAAUAAAAGAAGUAGAGGAGGAGGAGGAGGAGGAGGAGGAUGAUGAUGAGGAUGAGGAUGAUGAUGACAUGGUUGAUGACUAUGGUGCGCUCGAUGAUGGCAGUGACGAGGAAGCAGCAGCAGCAGAAGAAGAAAGUGAUGGAGAGGAACUUCUUCCCAUCGAGCGCGCAGCCAAGAAGGAGAAAAAGCUUAAGGAAACGUUGGCACUAGGGAGUGAUGAAGAUGUUGACGACGAUGAUGAUGACGAUGACGAUGAUGAGGAAGAUGAGGACGAAGAUGAAGAGGGAAAAAAAUCAGAUGCUGACAUGGAUGAGGAAGACACAGUACAAGCCAACAUUGAUGAAAUGGAUAAAUUUAGGCUACCAGGGGCAGAGGAAAGUGAGAAGGAAGGUGUUCUGCCUCUGGACCUGAAGACGAUCUAUCAAAGAGUAAAAGACAACAUUGAUGUCCUUUGUAAUUUCUCAACAAAAAAGGAGGAGGGGAAAGAGAGAGCAGAGUACACCUCUCUGCUGAAGAAAGAUCUGUGUACUUACUACAGCUACAACAUCUUCCUUAUUGAGAAAUUAAUGGACCUCUUCCCUCUUUCAGAGCUGGUUGACUUCCUGGAGGCCAAUGAAAUUCACAGACCCGUCACUAUACGGACCAACACACUGAAAACAAGGAGGAGGGAUCUUGCACAGGCCCUGAUCAACAGAGGAGUGAACCUCGAUCCUCUGGGGAAAUGGUCUAAAGUGGGUUUGGUCAUCUAUGACUCGUCUGUACCUAUAGGUGCAACCCCAGAGUAUCUCGCUGGUCAGUACAUGCUGCAGGGCGCCUCCAGUUUUCUGCCUGUGAUGGCGCUUUCUCCGCAGGAGGGAGAGUUAGUGUUGGACAUGAGCUCAGCUCCAGGAGGCAAGACCACCUAUAUUGCUCAGCUGAUGAGAAACACGGGGAUGAUCGUGGCUAACGAUGCCAACGCUGACAGGUUGAAAAGUGUUGUGGGCAACAUACACCGUCUGGGAGUCACCAACACUGUUGUCUGCAACUACGAUGGAAGACAGUUCCCAAAGGUGAUGGGUGGGUUUGACAGAGUGCUGCUUGAUGCUCCAUGCUCAGGCACAGGAGUCAUCGCUAAAGAUCCAGCUGUGAAGACCAGUAAGGACGAAGCCGACAUCCAACGCUCUGCUCACUUACAGAAAGAACUGAUUCUUUCCGCCAUCGACUCUGUGAAUGCAGAGUCCUCUUCCGGAGGAUAUCUGGUCUACUGCACAUGUUCAAUAAUGGUGGAGGAGAAUGAAUGGGUGGUGGACUACGCUUUAAAGAAGAGGAACGUGAAAUUAGUUCCCACUGGACUUGACUUUGGCAAAGAGGGCUUCACCAGGUUCAAAGAACGUAGAUUCCACCCGACUAUGCGACUGACUCGCCGAUUUUACCCUCAUUCCCACAACAUGGACGGUUUUUUUGUGGCCAAGCUGAAGAAAUUCUCCAACGUAAUUCCAACCGCACCAACAGACAAAGAAGAAGAAAACGCAGAAGCUUCUCAGGCGACGGCGGUGACAGACUCUCCUGCAGAGAAACCAUCCAAGAGCGACAAGGCAAAGAAGAGCGUACCCAACUUAAAGGGUAAAGCCAACGGAACAGCAAACGUCAAGCCAAAAGGCAAAAAAGACUCACCUGCUGGACCUAAAAAGGCAAAGAAAGCCAAGAUGGAUGGAGAGACUGUGAAAGGGGCAGAGGCUAAGAAGCCUGCGGUGAAGACAGCCGGUGAAACUAAAGAGUCAAAGGCUGAGAAAAAGGAAAAGAGCAGAUUUGAGAAGAAGCAGGGCAAACAGAGAAAGACACCCAUGAAGGGAAAGAACAGAAUGGGAAAGAAUAAAUUCAAAAAGUUGAAGAACAUGUUGGAAAAACAAGGAGAGUGACGUGUGUACAGUGUGAUAAAUUGUACUUGAGUAUGUAAGAGUUUUGUAGAGCGUCAUUAUGGACCGAGACCUUCUCAGCUGACAAAUGAGCAGCGAUACUGUAUGUGACAGUCAGAUAUGUUUGUAAAGCCUGUGUGCAAAUUAAAUCCGACUGGUUAAAGAUGUUCGCUUUCAAGUUCGGGCCGCUGUUUUUUAUUUGUAUCACAAAAUAUUCAUCAUGUUUGUCUGUUGAUUUAAUUGCAGUGUGGAAUAACUUCCAUGAAUCUGUAAAACACAAUAAAUCUUUUAAGAUAUCUUA